GCCAUCUGCGAACUAACAUUUUACAGCUCUAAAGGCGAAAAGAGACAAUAAAGAGCGAGAGAGAAAGACAUCCGGUUACUGACUUCGCUACUGUUAUACACUUUAUUUACAUUUUCUUCCCUCGAUUUUCUGGUUUUUCGCAGAAAUUUCCCUACAAAUUUUAUUUGACUCAAUGGAAAGCGAUACCUGGAGAGUUCUUGAGUUAUUCAGUGGCAUUGGAGGAAUGCAUGAAGCGCUCAAAGAAUCACGUGCCAAGUUCACAGUAAUUGCUGCAGUUGACAUCAACACGAUUGCUAACGAUGUCUACCUGGAAAAUUAUCCAGAAACACAAGUGUGGAACCGCAAUAUUCAAUCUCUGGAAGAGGCAGAGAUCGCUUCCUUGGACGUGGACACGAUUGUCAUGUCUCCUCCCUGUCAGCCCUUCACAAGAGUGGGCAAGAAGCAAGAUCUGGACGACCGGAGAACUGAUGGCUUCAUAGCAGUUUGCGCAAAUCUACUGAAGAAUCCAAAGAUUGAGCGAAUCCUUAUGGAAAAUGUAAAGGGAUUUGAAGAGUCUCGAGCAAGGCAGAUGUUUAUUGAGAAACUAAAGCACCUUGGAUUCUUCUGCCGGGAAUUCCUGUUGUCGCCACACGCGGUGGGAAUUCCCAACUCACGAACAAGAUAUUACUGCAUCGCACGGAAGCGGAAAGACUUUUCAGUGGGUCAUGAAAAUGAGAUCAUAACUGAAUUGUCUGCGAAUGCAAUUGAAAUGAGAGAUUUGAAGGCGUUUAUUGAUGUAGAAGCUGCUGUGGAGCAGCACCAACUUCCUGUGGAAUCGAUAGGAAAGAAUUGUUGGGUUCUGGAUAUCGUGACGCCUUCCUCGAAGAAUUCCAUGUGCUUCACGAAAGCUUACACUCAUUUGCUGAGAGGAAGUGGCUCAGUUUUCUGUUCAAAAUCUGCAGAAGAGAUCCGAGAGACUUUCUCGCGACUAGACAAGAUUCCGCCUGAUGAUAACGAGUAUGUGAGGCUUCUGAAGUCCCUGCAGAUGAGAUUCUUCAGCCCAGACGAGGUGUCAAAACUCAUGGGCUUCUCGGAAGGCAUCAAGUGGCCAGGAAAAGUCACUGAUCGUCAGAAAUAUAAACUUCUAGGAAAUAGUCUCAACGUGGCUGUCGUCCGGGAGUUGAUAAACAUCCUCGAGGGCCAAUAAAAAGCCUGUGAUUGGA